UCUCUCUGCCGCCUCUCCCGGCUCUUUAUGCCUUGGAAGAUGAAGCCGGACCCAGCGCCCCAGGCCCACCCGCUGGGCCGGCUCCAGGGCUAAGCAGGGGGCCACUUGGGCGCGGGACAGGACAGAAGGCCCCGCGGAUGCACGGAGCCGCAUAGCAUAGCGAGGAGCAGCCCCAGCAUCACCAUGGAACCCCCAUCCCUGGACACAGCCAUCCAGCAUGCCCUGGCGGGCCUCUACCCCCCUUUUGAGGCCACAGCACCUACGGUCCUGGGUCAGGUGUUCCGGCUCCUGGACUCCGACUUCCGGGGGGACGGGCUGAGCUUCCUCCUGGAUUUCCUGAUCCCUGCCAAGCGCCUAUGUGAGCAAGUUCGAGAAGCAGCCUGUGACCCCUAUGUCCACCAUGUUUUCCUGCAUGAGGGCUGGCCACUGUGCCUGCGGGACGAGGUGGUGGUCCACCUCGCGCCCCUCAACCCCCUCCUGCUACGCCAGGGUGACUUCUACUUCCAAGUCGAGUCCUGGGAGGAGCAGUCGGCCCGCAUGGUGAUGAAGUGCCUCUCCUUGGACCUCCGCACUGUGGACAAGAAGCCCGUUCCGGAGUCUUCCUACCCGCUCCUUUUCACCCAGCAGUGGCUGGAGACCAUCAACAGCAGCUUCCAGGGGAGUCCUUUGCAUAACUGCCUGGUGGCUUCAGAACACGGAGUUGUCCCUGUCCCUUGGAAUAAGAUCGCCAGCCCGAUAUUUGUGGAAUAUGGAUGCCACAUGGUGAAAGUCCCCUCCUCGGCCGAGGACACUCUUCAAUUUGAGGCAUCGCAUCCGAGCAAUUCCCCAGAGCUGCCCCAGGCUGACUCCCCAGGCAGCCGGCGGUCUCCGGCCCAGAGUGUGAGCAAAGGGAAGGAUGGGAGACCUGCAAACAAGUAUCCAGGCCUCAUCAAAGUUGAGCAGGCCAGACCGGGGGAAGUAGCUUUCAGGAUGGACGAUGUGGUCAGCCAGAGUUUGGAGGGAGACUACGUGGCUCUCGUGAGCUUCUCCCACGGGAGUAGAGGGCAUUCUCCCAGCAGGCAAGUGGCAACAUCUAGCGGGUGGACUUUGAGGACACAAGAGGAACUAUCUAGAAUGACAGAGAUUCCUAUGUCUCCGGGGAGACUGUCCCUCCAAGGGCCCAGUGCAGGACCUUCCUUGGACAACCAGGCUUGUGCUAAGCCAGCAAGCUCAGAGGAGGAGCCCUGUGCUUUAGGCUCCAAGAGAAAGAUCAGUCACCAAGUGACUGUCCACCAUUCAGAGCCACAGUCCCCAGAGCCCUUCUUUGAGGCCCUUGAGCCACCAGGCUGCACUUCUGGCCUUGGGACAAAUGUCCCUGAAGAGCCAGCUGUCUCCAAGACACGAGGACUUCUAGAAAGCCCAGAGACCAUGACCAGGCCUGGGCCAAGACAAGCAUCCUCUCCCCGCCUGUCCCCAGCCUCCUCUGCCUGUGAAACAAAGACGGACAAGACCCUGCGGGAAAAAGGGGGUCCUCGCAGGCCAUCAACUCAAGCAGUGCAGAAUGCCUCUUCGUCCUCUGGGUCCCCUAUUCCUGGGCUCAAAUCCUCUUUCUCAAAAGGGCAGAAGCUACCCCUGGUGACAGAGGAGAAGUCUACACUCCUGCGUGAUGCCUCUCAGAAAACCCCAUGCCCUGUCUACUCUGCCAAGACCCCCCAGAAAGAUGGGACAACUCCCACCAACACAUCUGGCCCUGCCACUGAAUCAAGCCCCCCAUCUGCAGAGCCGGUUGGCUUUCCAGAAGCUUCCUUAGCCUUCCUGGAAAGAAACACCAGCUCAGAGGAGGAGCCCCCGGGGCCUGGGCCCAGGAUUGGGGCUCUGUGUGUGGAGUUUCUCUACUCCAGGAUAGCCUGCCUGCCAGGUGGACGGGACAGGGCCGGGCGUCCUCUGCUGCUGCUGUCCACACAGGGGGACUGGGAGGCGCCAUGGUGCCAGGUCUCAGAGCUUACCAAGCUGCUGUCCUACCUCUGCAGUAUCCCCAGGCCAGAAGAGAAAGCCAAGGGGCUGGCGGUCGUGAUCGAUGCCAGGAAAGAGCCACCACAGCCUGGCCUAGUCCGUGCCCUGCAGGCCACCCAGGCUGUGGCCCCAGAACGGGGGAUGCUGUUCUUCUUGGGGGAGAAGGAGGCGGCGCUACUGCUGCAAGCCCUACCUGCAGCCCAGGUGGAAGUGCUGACUUCAUUGAAGGCCCUCAGCCACCACGUGGACUCCAGCCAGCUGCCUGACACCCUGGAAGGCUCCUUCCCCUACUGCCACAGCGAGUGGGUGCAAUUCUUCCAGAUGCUGGACCCGUUCCUGGCUGACCUUCGCCGCGCCUCCUCCCUGCUGCAGGCGUCCAUCGAGGAGUUUGAAAAGGGCGAGCCCACAGGGGGGGCCCAGCAGGAGGCCACCAGGGACCUGAGCAAGUCCAAGGAGCUGAUGGCGGCGGUGCUGAGGGACCCGGGGCUACUGGGCCUCCAGCGGGAGGGAGGAGCUGUCCUGGCUGGGCUGCAGGGCCAGGCCAGCAGGCUGCCCUCCAAUCCCGACAUCAGGUGUCACCUGGAUGAAGCCGCCGCCCUGUACAGCCUUGUGGACGAGCAGCUUCACGUCCUGGUCACUGUGUCCAACCACCACCUGGGGAGGCUGGAGCUCCGGAUCCGCCUGGGCCGCCUGGAAGCCGCCAUCCACCAGGUCAGCGCCUGGAUGGAGCGGGAGGGAAGCCAGUGCCUGCGGGUGCUCGAACCCGCCGACGACCGCGCGGAGAGCGUGGAGAAGGCGCACGCGGCCUUCGAGGACUUCUUCCUGCAGGCUGCGGCCCAGUACCGCCGCGGCCUGGAGCUGUCCAAGCAGGCGGCCCAGCUGGGAGCAGCGGGCGGUGGGGCAGGCGAGGCCGGCAGCGGCGGCGGCCCGGGGUUCCCCGAGCUUGCGGCCUUUGCCGCCACCCAGCGGGCCUUCCAGGCCAAGCUGACCCAUUUCUACAUGGCGGCCGAGCGGCAGCGCACAGACCUGGAGACGCUGCUCCAUCUGCACCGCUUCUGCAAGAAGAUGACCUGGUUCCAUCUGGACUGUCAGGAUCUGAUGGCCCAGCUCAGGCUGGGCAAGGCCCAACGGGCCAGCCCGGGGGACCAGCGCCGCCUUCAACGCUACCUGUGGCGCCUGGAGUCUGAGUUUCCUGCCGAAAAGCUCACGGCCAUGAAGCUGCAGGUGGCCUCGCUGAGCAGGGCUGGGCUGGGCCAGGCCCUGUGGGAGGAGGCACAGGUCAGGCACGAAGAGAUCCAGAACCUCCUGAAGAAGGCCCUGGCACGCUGUCCAUGCCCGGCGGCUCCCACUGCCCAGUUCAGCAGGCCAGCCGCUAAGGGCCAGGGUCCGAGUGGGGUGGUCCCUUCCCGGGGGACGUGGGACUUGCCCUUCCAGGAUGCACUGGGUGUGAAUCACCUGCCAAAGCCCUGCUGGCCCCCUCUGGUUCCCAGAGCGGGGCAGCAUCGGAAUUUCCAGGCAGACCCUCCACGCCAGGAAGCUGGCCAGGCUGAGGCUGGUGAGAGCCAAGGCCCCUAUGAGCUGGGCAAGACUUUUCCAGAACACAUACUUAAUACCUUCUCCUUGAAGCCAUUUCCCAGGCCGAGCCAGCUCCCCCACCCCACUGGGGGUGGCUUCUCCUCAGAGGGGACCGACUCACAGACCUCCCUGGAGAGCUCACCCCAGACCAGUCCACCCGCUUCCCUGUAGCCGGGGCACAGUUCCAGGGUAACUGUGGCAGGCCAGGCUACAGCCCACUGGGAGCCCGGUUGUUGCUAUGGAGACUUGGCUAGCCAUCACUUGGGAGGAUAGCAAUUGUGAGUCCAAGCUAGGUACUGGUGGCUCACGCAGUGAGCCAGUGACUGGUGUCAUCGCAGCUACUCAGGAGGCUGAGAUCUGAGGACCACAGUUUGAA